CCAAAUUUUCAACUCCAUAUAAAACAUACAUCAAACACAUACAUAUGGCAGCAGCAUCUGAAAAAAUGGUUUUGGCUUUGUUGUUCAUAUUUUUCAUGGCACGAGGGAUUAUCAUAGUGGAUGCAAACUUUGGCAAAAGCAUGUAUCUCACAUGGGGUACCCAACAUGCUUCAAUUCAGGGUGAAGAUCUUCAGCUUGUGUUAGAUCAAACUUCAGGCUCUGCUGCUCAAACAAAGAUACCAUUCUUAUUUGGAAGUAUAGAAUCGAAAAUCAAACUGGUACCUAAUAAUUCUGCAGGAACUGUUACAGCCUAUUAUCUAUCCUCAACAGGAAGUCAACAUGAUGAGAUAGACUUUGAGUUCUUAGGCAACAUUUCAGGACAACCAUAUAUUGUCCACACAAACAUAUAUACACAAGGAAAUGGAAGCAAAGAGCAACAAUUUUACCUUUGGUUUGACCCUACCGCUGAUUUUCACAAUUACACCAUUCAUUGGAACCCCACUCAAGUUGUGUGGUAUAUUGAUAGCAUACCGAUUAGAGUUUUUAUGAACUAUGAAGAGGAGGGCAUAGCAUACCCAAACAAGCAAGGAAUGAAAGUAUACACAAGCCUAUGGAAUGCAGAUGAUUGGGCCACAAGGGGUGGUUUGGUGAAGACUAAUUGGACCAAUGCACCAUUCAUUGCAAGGUUGAACCGUUUCAGAGCAAGGGCUUGCAAAUGGAAUGGACCAAUUAGCAUAAACAAUUGUGCCUCUAAUGUCCCUUCUAAUUGGUGGACUUCACCCAUUUACAAGCAAUUAAGCUAUGCACAGAUGGGUCAGUUAAAUUGGGUUAGAAACAAUUACAUGAUCUAUGAUUACUGCAAAGAUACCAAGAGAUUCAAUGGUCAAGUGCCUCCUGAAUGUUUCAAGACACAGUUCUAAGUGUUAAAUUAACCGUAAGUACUUUAACGAUGAUGUUUUUAUAUGAAUAUUAUAUUAUAAAUGGUUAGAUAAUUCAGUUAAAUAUAUCAAUUUAUCUAAUAAUUUAUAAUGUAAUUUUCAUACGAAGACAUCGUCAAUACUAAGUCAUAUGUCAUAUGUCAUGUGAAUUUUCAUAAGACAGAAUCUAUUCAUGCGGGAGUUUGUUUUGUCUUUUGUCUCAAUAUUUUUAAUUUGUUUAUGGGAUUCAGAGUUCAGACUUUGUGAUUUAAUUAUUGUUCAUGAACUGAAUAAUACUGCCUUGUGCAUUGUAAUUUUUCGGUUA